AUGAGUUGUUUUGGACCAUCGGGAGGCCCUGUAGCAGCUAUCAACUCGAUGAAAGAGAUGGUGAAAGAGUUUCAUGCCAAUGGAAUAGAGGUCCUGCUGGAAGUUGUUUUCACCCAUACUGCUAAGGGUGAAGUGCUGCAAGGAAUUGAUAAAUCAUCUUAUUAUCGUGCAAGUAAGGCGGAUGAUUUGGAAGCAAGAAAUUCUUUGAAUUGUAACCAUCCUGUUGUGCAGCAAAUGGUAUUAGAUAGUCUCCGAUACUGGGUGACUGAGUUUCACGUUGAUGGUUUUUGUUUCAUAAAUGCAUCGUCUCUGUUAUGUGGAGUUGAUGGUGAAUACCAAUCCCACCCGCCUUUAGUGGAAGCAAUUGCCUUUGAUCCAGUACUGACAAAAACCAAGUUCAUUGCAGACCGUUGGGACCCUCAUGAAAUGGUACUAAAGGAAACUUGUUUUCCUCAUUGGAAGAGAUGGGCAGAAGUGAAUACAAGAUUCUGCAAUGAUGUAAGAAACUUUUUGAGGGGUGAAGGCCUUCUCAGUGACCUUGCUACACGGCUUUGUGGGAACGGGGACAUCUUUUCAGAUGGACGAGGCCCUGCAUUCUCUUUCAAUUUUAUUUCCAGAAAUUCUGGUCUUCCUCUUGUGGACCUUGUUAGUUUCAGUGGCAGUGAGUUAUCUUCAGAACUGAGUUGGAAUUGUGGGGAAGAAGGGCCUACAAGUAAAACUGCUGUACUAGAAAGACGCCUCAAACAAAUCCGCAAUUUUCUAUUUAUCUUGUUUCUUUCAUUGGGUGUUCCUGUUCUUAACAUGGGAGACGAGUGUGGACAAUCUUCAGGUGGUUCCCCUGCAUAUCGUGAUAGAAAGUCUUUCGAUUGGAAGGCUCUGGAAACAGGUUUCGCUACUCAAACCACACAAUUCAUUUCAUAUUUAAGUUCACUCAGGAGGAGGCGGAGUGAUCUUCUUCAGAAGCAGCACUUCUUUAAAGAAGAAAAUAUUGACUGGUUUGGAAGCGAUCAAUCUUCUCCUAGGUGGGAAGAUCCUCUAUGCAAAUUCCUUGCUGUGAGAUUAAAAGCAGACCAGGUUGAAGCGGAGAACCAAUCAAACAAUGAAUAUGCUGAUUUAAGGGGUGACUUGUUUGUAGCCUUCAGUGCAGCUAAUCAGUUGGAGACUGUUAUUCUACCUCCACUCCCAGAAGGUAUGGCAUGGAGUCGUUUGGUUGACACAGCCCUCCCAUUUCCAGGAUUUUUCUCAAUUUCUGGUGAGCCAGUCAUUGAGGAAAUGGAGAGUUUAAUUGCUUAUGAAAUGAAGUCCCACAGUUGUGCUCUGUUUGAAGCCAGAAGCUUGUAG